AUAACAAUAUACAAUUUUAGUUAGUUAACAAAAUAGUGUCAAUUUGUGUAUUACGGGAACUAUUCUACCUACUUGUAGUGUUUUAUAACUAAGAUGGGCCCCACGAUCCAGACGGUGACGGCGCCGGUGUGGCUGGGCGAGGGCCCGCACUGGGACUCCGCGGAGCAGGCGCUGUACUUCGUCAGCAUCUUCGACAAGACCGUCCACAAGUACGAGCCCGAUACUGGGAUACACACCAGGGCGAAACUGGAUGGCAUGCCAACCUUUAUAAUCCCAGUAGAAGGCAGGCCGCACCACUUCGUAGUAGGCCUGAACCGCAAGGUGGUGGAGAUCCAGUGGAAUGGCCACGAGAACGCCGCGAGGGUGCUACGGACUGUCGCUGAGGUGGACCAUGAGAACCCUAACAAUAGGUUUAAUGAUGCCAAAGCCGAUCCUAGGGGCAGGCUGUUCGCUGGCACGAUGGGCCACGAGUACGAGCCGGGCAAGUUCGACCUGAAGAAGGGCGCCCUCUACCGGAUUGAUCCGGACGCGAGCGUGCACAAACUGGCCGAUAACAUUGACAUCUCCAAUGGGCUGUGCUGGGACGUCAAGGAGAAGGCCUUCUACUUCGCAGACUCCUUCGAAUACACUAUUAGAAGAUACGACUAUGAUAUUGAGACUGGCAACAUUUCAAACCCAACGACGGUAUUUAAGUACGCGGACCACGGGCUAGCGGGCAUCGUGGACGGAAUGACCAUCGACACCGACGGCAACCUCUGGGUCGCCAACUUUGACAACCACCAGGUGAUCAAAAUCGAUCCUCGCACCAGCAAGCUCCUCCAAACCGUCAGGCUGCCCCCCCUCCAAGUGACGUCAGCAACCUGGGGGGGCCGCGAGCUCGACGACCUCUACGUCACCAGCGCCGCCAUGGACCGCGGCGCCCCCCAGGCCCCCCCGGCGGGGGCCACGUUCCGGCUCGGCGGCCUGGGGGCCAGGGGGCACCCCAAUGUUAGUGUUAAGCUGCAUUGAAUAAAUGCUUAGUGUUAA